AUGCUAUCAUACAUGGCUGCUGGACAUAUGUAUAUGGCCGUGAUUACAAGUGUCGAAUCUCGGGCAGCAACGACAGCCUCGUCUCCCAGGCGCCGUACGUCCAUCACCGAUUCGAGGAGGGAUUAUGGACAAGACGACGACAACGCGUCCUCGUCCGAAUCAGUGUCAAUUGAACAAACUCGAACUAUGCUGGGCCGAUCACCCAUACAUCCGUACCAAUGUGUUCGAAUGCCCGAUAGUCAUCAAACUACAGACUAG